GCAGUCUCAAGCCUACUCCAGCAUCCCCAACAGCUCAUAUAACUGGUCUACCCUCAGCUAACCUCCGUCCCUGAGGCGCUUCGUACUGCCGAAAAUAGUACACGGCCUUGGUUCCAUGUCAAACGAUGUAAGUGAGAUUGGUGCAGGAUUGAAAUGUACGAAGCGUCGGUAAUCGGCCUAUCCCAGCAUGAAGGCGAAGGAGUGUCGGCUGCCGUAGACGCAGCAUUGACUUGGGUUGAUGUCUUUCCUCUUGUGGAUAUCGAGAAGGACGAUCGACACCUGUAAUUCAGCGUUUAUCCCUGCCGAAAGGGAAUAUAGGUAGGGGAUAUAUAAAUCGUUUUCUGUGGACACCUUUCCCUGCACCUGGCCAAGAUGACACUGGCGGUUUAUCCUGCUCUCCUCGUUGCACUCUUUCUCGUAUGGAGAUAUGUCCGAAAGGGCAAAGCUGCAGGUUCUUUACCACCUGGUCCUCCAGGGGACCCCAUUAUUGGACAUCUUCGCACUUUACCUCGUGAAAACUAUGGCGAGAAAUACUAUGAGUGGUCGAAGAUUUAUGGCGACGUGUUCUCUAUCAAUAUCCUUGGCAGACCUAUUAUCAUCUUGAACACUGUACAAGCGGCGAGCGAUCUCUUUGACAAGCGUAGCUCAACCUACAAUGACAGGCCGUAUUUCCCUAUGCAAGAUCUUAUGGGUUGGGGUGACACACUUGCAUUCCUUCCUUUCGGCGAGAAGUUCCAGCUCCAGAGGAAAUUAAUCCAGACACCAUUGACUCGACCAGGCGCUGCAAUGUUCCGCGGCCAACAGGUUAUCCAGGCCCGAAUCAUGAUGUCCAAGCUUCUCAAGAACCCAAAGCACUUCGAACAUAUUGCUAUGCGCUACGCCACCGCUAUCAUCAUCGAAAUGGCAUACGGACAUCGGGUCGUGUCUGAUGACGAUGUCUAUGUAGAAAUUGCUGAAGGAAUCAACAAGACGAUCACUGAUGCCGGAACUCCUGGGAUGACCCCGGUCGACGUUUUCCCUAUCUUGAGGCAUGUUCCCGCCUGGUUCCCAGGAGCAUGGUUUGCUAAGGUCGCGCGAGACGCUGUACCUGUGGUAACGAAGUUCCGCAACUUCCCCUUCCAAGAAGUGCAGCGGCAAAUGGCAGAAGGCACUGCAACUGCUUCAUUCCUUUCGAUGCAUCUGGAAGAGCUCGCUCGACAGGGCAAGGAGAGUCCGGAGGAUAUCAAUGCCAUCAAGGUUGCGGCGUUCCAUCUCUUUGGAGCUGGCGGUGACACUACAUUCUCAGCUAUUCUAACAUUCAUAUUUGCCAUGCUGAACUAUCCUGAGAUUCAGAAGAAGGCUCAGAAAGAGAUAGAUGACGUGAUUGGAAACGAUCGUCUCCCUGACUUCUCUGACCGCGAAUCACUUCCGUAUGUCGACGCUGUCAUGUGGGAAACAAUCCGCUGGCAUCAGGCUGGACCUAUUGGCAUGCCUCGCCGCGCUAUGCAGGAUGAGAUCUACAAUGGCAUGUUGAUUCCAAAAGGUGCAAUGGUUAUCUCUAAUAUGAGAGCUUUGACGUGGGACGAGAAUGUUUAUGCCGAACCCCACAAAUUCUGGCCCGAACGCUACCUUCCCAAGCCUGUUGGAAACGCUGAACCCCCUCCUACUAUGAUCUUUGGACAUGGUCGUCGCAUCUGUCCCGGGCGUUAUCUCGCUGAGGCCAGUCUCUGGAUUGUGGCUACCCACCUUCUGACAACCUUCAACGUUACCCGUGCUCGUGAUGCUCAAGGAAGGGAAAUCGUGCCUCCGGUCGAGUUCACAUCUGCGCUCACUACUCAUCCUAAGCCUUUCGAGUGUGAUAUCAAGCCUAGGUCGGAGAAAGCAGCCUCACUCAUUCGCACUGCCGUUCACGGCGAAGGUCUUGAAGCUUGAGGGGAUCCAAGUCGUGCGAAUGUUUUGCUGUACUCAAGCAUUGCUCUGCAUUUUUUUUUUGUAUUCGUAGAUUUCCUCCGGUGUGACAGGGCAGAUCUUUUCUUACGUAUCAGGAUUUUCCGACAAACCCGUUGAACACUGGCUGAAUGUGCUGUCAGUAAACGAGUUGAAUUAGGCUUGUAAUACUAGUAAUUGGACGUCUUUCAGAAGUCAUUUAGAACGCCGUCUAAGCAAUAACUCAAUAGAAAAAAG